AUGUGUGUCACUUGGUUGUCCACUGGCUACAUGGCUCCGCAUCAGUACUCAAAUCAAUACAUCAAGGUCCGGGUUUGGCUGGCUGAUUCCGGGCAGGGCAAAGUCGUAGUGUUAAAAGAUAUUAUAUUAAUUACUUUCAUGUCGUCUGCAAGGGUUCGCCUUGCGGGUAUAGUGUUGUCGUCAAAUAAAACCAAUACGUGCCGUCAUUCAUCAUCAUGUCCCGGUGCUCGCAAACAAUCCCAUGCAUUCCAAAUCACGCAUGCUCACCACAACAUCGAGGGCAACGAAAGCAACAAUCUCCAAGCUCGAAAUCUAAACCAGUGCGGUCUUUCCCGUUUUGUGUCCGAAUGCUAG